AUGAUCCACACUGUCGUCCUCUUCGGCGAGAAAGAUGCAUGCUAUGCAUGCAUGCUCACUAGAACCAACAAGCUUAAACAAGAAGUCAAUCAUGGCCGGCCAUUGUUCCCUAAACCUGUUGGUGAGCUUCAUGGCCAUUCAGGUAUUGCAAGGCUUCUCUUUUUCUCCAUCCGCGCCGCCGCCGGCAUUGUCAACAUCUCCGGUGGCUCAGGCGUCGCCAACGCUGGUGUUAUCUACUUAUCCGGGAGGUUACUAGCCAUGUCUGAAGAUGACAUUCCUUAUCAGGUUAAGAUCACUCCCGAUGGUGAUCUUGAGACCAUCGAACGGUUCAGCUUCUCCGGCCACUCUCAGAUGAUCGCCCAUCCUAAGAUUGACCCCAUCUCUAGCGAGCUUUUCUCUCUGAGUUACCAACUUUUAAACAAACCUUACUUGAAGUACUUCUACGUAGACCCCAUCUCCGGCGAGAAGUUGCCGGAUGUGGCUAUAACUCUCCGGCAACCGAUGAUGAUCCAUAACUUUGCUAUCACUGAGAACUUCAUUGUGACUGCUGAUCAGCAAGGUGUGUUUGAUGUGAGGAGGAUGGUGUAUGGGAGGUCUUCGGUGAGGGUUGACUCCGGGAAAAAGUCAAAGAUUGGAGUGAUGCCACAGUAUGACAAAGAUGAGAAGAGGAUUAGGUGGUUUACAAUCCCGGAUUGUUUUUGUUUUCAUUAUUGGAAUGCAUGGGAAUAG